AUGGUGGAUGGCGACAAGACCGCCGCCUUCAAGGUGUUCCAGAGCAUGUUGUACCCCGACGAUGCAUAUCAAUUGGUGCAAAAGGGGCGCUUAGAUGGCUGGUACCCAGAUGCCGAUCUCUACGAAAAUCUUUUAGCCUGGAUGUGCACACAAGACGACCUGGUUGAUGAGGCCGAGCAGAUCGUGCGGCAAGAGCUGCAGGAAGCGGGCAUACAGCCAGAGGCGCGGCAUGCCAAUCCCCUCGUCUUUGCUGAGGCUAGGAACGUGUCGGUGCACACAGCAAUGAGCGGCCCACUGAAGGAGAUGCAAGAGGGCAGGCUGGGGGUUGGGUGCAGGCCCAAUGCCGACACAUACAAUGCCAUCACACAGGAGGUAAAGGGUGACAUGAUCAAGGCAGGGCUGAAAUGGAACAAGAGGACGCACGCCCUCUUUGUGGAUGUGCACUUGCUGGAGUGCAACACAGAGUUUGCCAUGAUGGCCUUUGAGGACAUGGUGAAGCUGUCACUGCCGGGAACCGCUACACAAUACCUGUCCGACGGAGUCUUCAUGCACCUACUGAUGUCCCUGGCGCGCGAUAACCAGCCCGCCGACAUUCUGCGAGUCCUGACGGUGGCACAAGAAGACAGCAGGCAGCUGCCUGAUGAUGCCAUGCAGCCCAUAGGCAGCGCUGGCGGCUCAUUCAUCUCAUCCUGGUUGCCAGCUGCGCUGGACAGUGCUCGCAGCAUGCGCAGCGUUGAAGGGUUGACGAAGAAGCAGUCGGAGGAGGAUGACGAGGUCGACUUGCAAGAGGUUGAGGGCGUCCUCAUUGGGCCUGGCGGCUUUGCCGUCACCGAGGACGGCGCAGUCAUCUCCGCCUCAAAGCUCACAGUGGGACAGCUGCGUGGAGAGCUGGCAGCGCGCGGCCUGUCCACAGACGGCAGGCGCCAGGAGCUGUACCGGCGUGUGCAGGCCGCGAGGAGCACAGCGCCGCGCGAGGUGGCGGACGAGGUGCGGCUGCAGGAGAAGCGCAAGCGGGACAAGCAGGUGCGUGAGGAGGCCAGCAUGAAGGCCAAGGUGCAGAAGGAGCGACAGAAGCGGGACGUGGUGUGGCGCGUGGAGCACUGGAAGGGCGGGGAGCUGGUCAGCGAGGACGAUGUCGUUGAGACAGAGGAAGAUGGGGACGAGGACGACUCCGAGUGGGACGAUGACGAGCAGGCGGCGCGCAAGUCGAGGCAGGCGGUGGACCGGAUGUACCAGGAGGUGGGGGAUGACGACGACCUGGACGCUCUGCGCACUCGGUUCAUGGGCGCGGACAUGUCAGCCGGCCAGCCCUGGUGGCCCCAGGACAAGUCCCCGGGAGAGCUUGCCGUGCAGAUCGCUCUGCUGGUCGAGUCGCUCGGCAGCUCGCCCUCACUCGGUGACUGGGCCUUGGUCGCCAAGGCGGCGGCGCAGGAGCAAAACCUGCUUGUUGUGGGGGCUGUCUUGGAGCGGCUGCCCAGAUUAGCACAGGCCGCUGCUGAGCUGGGCGACAACCGCCUGCUGAUUCUGGAGCAGAAUGGUUUCAACCUCGAUGGAGACAACAUCGGAAUGGUUGCGAAAGCGCUGCUCUGA